CGGGCCCCUCCCCCUCCGGGCCCAGGCGCCGCAGUAAGAAGGACGAGCUGGCGGCGCUGGAAUACCUGCCCUUAACCGCCCACCCGGAAGGGUAACCUGGCUGGAGAGGGCUCUGGAGACGCUCCCGGGGUCGGGGUGGCCGGCAACGUGAUUCGAGUUCCACGCCUGUAUGGCUUGGCAGGAGUCUGAUAGCAAGUGUCUCACCAUGCUUCUGCCAAUUUUCUGAUUAAAGACUGACGUCCCUGCAUAAGCAUUUCCCUGUUAAAAUGUCCCUGCCUCUUACAGAGGAGCAGAGGAAAAAAAUUGAAGAGAACCGGCAAAAGGCUCUGGCCCGGAGAGCUGAGAAAUUAUUAGCAGAAAAGCAUCAGAGCGCAGGCUCUGGCUCCUCCAUUGCCACCAACUCUCCCCAGUCCAAGCAGGGCCCUCUCCCAAACUUCCCCAGGGAUCCUUCUAAGCCAGCGAACCAUGGUGUCAUUUUCAGGCAACAGAAUCUCAACAGUUCAUCUAAUGGUGACCAAAGGCCUCCUAAUUCCCAUAGUUUUCAUCUAAGUGCUCCAGAGCAGGCAAAGGGGAUCUGGAAGAGGCAAGAUGUGCCCACAGCCUGCCAGAGCCACAGCCCAUCAGGUCAAAUGACUCACACUGGCAUCUCUCCUCCCUCUGCACAAAGUCCUCCAGAGGGCCCCAGACAACAAAUGUUGGGUGGUCCGUUAGGUAAAGGUCAUCCUCAGGCUUCACAGGAGAUCAAAUCCACACCCGUUGCUAACACAACUCAGGAGCCUUUGUCCAAAGCCAAGAGUUUCCAGAAGACACUAGCUUCUUUCUUUGGACAGCCACCCAGGGAUCCCGGAGUAGAGGCCAAGGCAGUGAGGCCCUCUACCUCGGGGCAGAACAUUUCUGACACCAACUGUGGUUCAGGGAGCGUGACACCUGGGACAGAAGGAAGGCACCCACAAAAACUGGGGGCCUCACACCACAAAGCAGGAAGCUCCCAGGAGGGAAGGUGCAUAAGAAGCGGAGAUCGUUUCCAGGUGAAGAUUGGGUACAAUGCCGAGCUCAUCACAGUUUUUAAGCGUCUCCCCAGCAGAAGUUACGAUCCUGCCACCAAGACGUGGAACUUCAGCAUGACCGACUAUGGUGCCCUAAUGAAAGCAGCCCAGAGCCUCCCCACGGUCACCCUGCAGCCUUUGGAAGGGGCUGAGGACAACAGGGAGUCACCCUCCACUUCUGGCGUAGCCCAGACCUGCCUGCCUUUAGCUCCCUCGCUGGCCUUUGUCAAAGGGCAAUGCGUGCUCAUCUCCCGGGUCCGCUUCGAGGCAGACAUCGGCUACUCCGAAGACCUGAUCGCACUGUUUAAGCAGAUGGAGUCCAGAAAUUACGAUGUGAAGACCAGGAAGUGGAACUUUCUCUUGGAAGAGCACAACAAACUAAUCCAGAGCGUGCGCUGCCUUCCGCAAGUUCAUCUGGACCCUCUGCCCAAGACACUCACCCUGGCAUUCGCAUCGCAGCUAGAGAAGACGUCUCCCUGCCUCACAGAACCCAUCCCUGAGGCAGACCUUUCUGGAGUGGACCCCAAGCUCGUGUCCAAUCUGCUGCCCUUCCAGAGAGCGGGAGUCAAUUUUGCCAUAGCGAAGAGAGGCCGCCUGCUGCUGGCUGAUGACAUGGGCCUGGGGAAGACCAUCCAAGCCAUCUGUAUUGCAGCCUUUUACCGGAAGGAAUGGCCGCUCCUGGUGGUGGUCCCGUCAUCUGUGCGCUUCACCUGGGAGCAGGCCUUCCUUCAGUGGCUGCCGUCUCUGAGCCCAGACAGCAUCAAUGUCGUGGUGACUGGCAAGGAUCGCCUGACGGCUGGCUUGGUCAACAUUGUCAGUUUCGACCUUCUGAGCAAGUUAGAAAAACAGCUAAAAACCCCCUUUAAAGUUGUCAUCAUUGAUGAGUCUCACUUCCUCAAGAACAUUAAGACCGCCCGCUGUCGUGCAGCUAUGCCCCUCCUCAAGGUUGCGAAGAGGGUGAUUCUGCUGUCUGGCACACCGGCCAUGUCCCGGCCCGCAGAGCUCUACACCCAGAUCAUCGGGGUCAGGCCAACUUUCUUCCCUCAGUUUCAUGCUUUUGGACUUCGCUACUGUGAUGCCAAGCGGCAUCCCUGGGGAUGGGAUUACUCAGGCUCCUCCAACCUUGGCGAGCUGAAGCUCUUGCUGGAGGAGGCAGUCAUGCUACGACGCCUCAAGAGCGACGUCCUUGCCCAGCUCCCGCCUAAGCAGCGCAAGAUGGUAGUCGUUGCCCCCGGCCGGAUCAGCACCAGGGCCAGGGCUGCCCUGGAUGCCGCGGCCAAGGAGAUGACCACCACGGACAAAACUAAACGGCAGCAGAAAGAAGCCCUCCUUCUCUUCUUCAACAGAACAGCUGAAGCUAAAAUCCCAUCUGUCAUUGAAUACAUCCUGGACCUCCUGGAAAGUGGGAGAGAGAAGUUUCUAGUGUUCGCACACCACAAGGUAGUCCUGAGUGCAAUUACAACAGAGCUUGAGAGAAAGCACGUGCCGCACAUCCGCAUCGACGGCUCGACUUCCUCCGCUGACCGCGAGGACCUGUGCCAGCAGUUCCAGCUUUUCGAGAAGCAUGCCGUGGCCGUGCUGUCCAUCACCGCGGCCAACAUGGGCCUCACCUUCACCUCAGCUGACCUGGUGGUGUUCGCCGAGCUGUUCUGGAAUCCAGGGAUACUGCUCCAGGCAGAGGACCGGGUACACCGAAUCGGACAGUCAAGCUCCGUGAGCAUCCACUACCUUGUGGCAAGAGGCACAGCUGACGACUACCUCUGGCCCCUAAUUCAAGAGAAGAUUAAAGUUCUGGGUGAGGCCGGACUUUCUGAGACCAAUUUUUCAGAAACGACAGAAGCUACUAAUUACUUCUACAAGGACCCAAAGCAGCAGACGAUCUAUGACCUCUUCCAACAGUCCUUUGAGGAAGAUGGAAGUGACUUGGAGCUCCUGGAGGUGGCAGAAUCCUUUGACCCCGGAAGUGCAUCUGGUGCACCUGGAAGUGAUUCUCAGGACCCGGGAGGCACAGUGGAUGAAUUCACGUUGACCGGCAGCCCCGUGAAGAAAAGGAGAUUUGAAUUUUUUGAUAACUUUGACAGCUUUACCUUUCCCCUAUAGGCAGGGCCAAAAAAAAAAAAAAAAAAAAAAAA